GUGAGACCAGGCUGCCCCUGCGACUCACAAGGGAAGGCCUCGGGCCCUGCCUCCAACUCAACUCUGAGGAACUGGACAUGGGGAAAGUUUUGGUUGGAGAAGCCUACAGCUACGAGGCAAUGCUGGUUAACAAAGGAGCUAUUGAUGCUCCCUUCGAGCUCAUCCCUCCAACCACAGCCCACGGCUCCUGCUUCACCUUUCGGCCCCAGCAGGGCAUCAUUCCACCCAGUGGGCUCCAGCCCAUCCAGAUCCCCUUCAGUUCCACCACCCUGGGGGAGUUCAAGGAAGAAUUCCAUUUCAAUGUGGCUGAAUGCCCUAAGCCUGUGACCUUGACUAUCAGGGGCCACGUCACCGGACUGAGCCUGCAUUUCAGCACAGGUGGCCUUGACUUCAAUGACGUCUCCUUUGGCUUUCCUCAGACCUUGUCGUGCCGCCUGAUCAACACCUCCGUUGAUCAACACCACCUGAUC